GCGCCCUUCCCGCGCAUGCUCAGUGGUGCGCGCGGCGCUCUGGGGCUUCGCCGCGCGGUGGGCGACGCGGAGGUGUCCGCGGCUGCUGCGGGAGCGACAGGAAGUGAAGCGGCCCGGCCGGGCGACAGCGGCGGCAGAAACAGAGGCGGAAGGCGCGCUGCGGCGGCGACGACGUCGUCGACGGGGGUGGACGAGGGGGCCGAGCGCCGGGAGGACUCGCCCGCUCGGAAGCCGGAUCCCGAGCCGGGCAGGAUGGAUCACCACCAGCCGGGGACUGGCCGCUACCAGGUGCUUCACAAUGAAGAGGAUAAUUCAGAGUCAUCGGCUCUAGAACAAUCAUCAACUUCAAACCCAACACCACAGAUCAUUCAGACCACUCCUUCAGCAUCGGUACUUGAAACGGAGUCUUCUCCUCCACCUUAUAGUAGUAUUACUGUGGAAGUACCUACAACUUCAGAUUCAGAAGUUUACAGUGAGUUUUAUCCUGUGCCACCUCCCUACAGUGUUGCUACCUCCCUUCCUACGUACGAUGAAGCUGAGAAGGCCAAAGCUGCUGCCAUGGCAGCUGCAGCAGCAGAGACAGCUCAGAGGAUUCAGGAGGAAGAGUGCCAACCAAGAGAUGACUUUAGUGAUGCAGACCAACUCAGAGUGGGUAAUGAUGGGAUUUUCAUGCUGGCAUUUUUCAUGGCAUUUAUUUUCAACUGGCUUGGAUUUUGUUUAUCCUUCUGUAUCACCAAUACCAUAGCUGGAAGGUAUGGUGCCAUCUGUGGAUUUGGACUUUCAUUGAUCAAAUGGAUCCUUAUUGUUAGGUUUUCUGAUUAUUUUACUGGAUAUUUCAACGGACAAUAUUGGCUUUGGUGGAUAUUUCUUGUACUUGGCCUGCUUCUUUUCUUCAGAGGAUUUGUUAAUUAUCUAAAAGUCAGAAACAUGUCUGAAAGUAUGGCAGCUGCACAUAGAACACGGUAUUUCUUCUUAUUAUAGAGACUGCAUCGACCAGACAUUGUUUUCUUAUACCAAUGUGACAUUUCCAGAUCAUCUGUAAACCUACAACUUUAAUAGGAUAGAAGACUACUAAAAGCAGAAGACAAAUUAGUGAAGAAAAGAUAGAUCUUCAGUAUUGAAUGGCAGGAUGGUUUAUGCUUAAAAGCCAUUUCUGUUAAUUUUCUUCAAUAUUUAUAUUUCAUUUGUUUUGCACAUUUGCAUAUGUGCCCAUGUAAAGGAUUUGCAUAUACUUGAAAGAAACCAUAAAGUUGUAGCAGUAAAGUCCAGUCAUAUUUGGUUAAUCAGUGUUUGAUAUAAUUGAAAGAGGUGAGUGAGAAACAGUCUUCCAGCAUGUAAAUGCCAUUGACUUCUGACCUGACAUUUAGUAUAAUAAAAAUGAAAUUAUUAACCAUGUCAAAUGCUUUAGUUUCUGGCUCCUAGAUUCAUCUAGUAACUCUACACAUGAAAUAUCCUUUAUUAUAUAUAGUUUUUUGAAACCUUCAGUGCUGAUUAUAGAAAAGCUUUGUCAGAUUUUUGAACAUGAUAUUUACAUUAUUCUUUAGCAAACUCUUUCUGUAAAUAACCAUGCAUAAAUUACUUUCUGCAUUGUUUUCUUAGAAACUGUGUCUGGAUAUCUUUUCAUUAAUUUAAAAUUAAGUGAACUUAAUAUAUAGAGAAAAUUUGAGUGUUAAAGAUAGCUUGUUUUAGGACAGAUUUUUAAAAAAUGAGUAUUCCACAUGUCCUUUAUAAGAAAAUUUUUUUAUUUUCUUUUUAAGGGACAUGCCAGUUCUAGGGAUUCUCAGUUGAGAAGCUUGGUUUUUAUAGCAUUGCCAUCUUAGAGAUUCUUGCAGGAAGAGAUUGUAUUAGAUACUAUAUUUAUUUCAUUUAAGACACUUUUGAAAAUUAAUUUUCUGAGUAAGAUAUUCUCAUUUGCAUUUGUCUUUUAAAAGCCAAUAAAAAUAUCUUUCAAUUAUCAUUGUAAUAAUUUUUUCUUUAGAUGUUUAGUUAAAUGAAGAAAAUAAAAAACGUUUACUAAUAAUAGCUUCUUGCUUUAUGAUUAUAGGAUUAACCUAUAAAAAUCAUAUCUUGAAUUGAGAUAUGCAAAAUAAUCUGUUUUCAAGUUAAUGGAAAUGUGUCUGUGGAAUAUGGGGGUGUGGUGUGUGUAUGUGUGUUGCAGGAGUUUGUGUGUAUGUGGCCAUUAUUGUAACUGGAAUCUACAUUCAUAAGCUACUACAUUUUACAAAUCAUUCUAUGUCUCAUCUGUUUUCAGUUAUAUUUUUGCUUUUGAAUACCAACAUUAAAAAUGAUGGGAAUUAUGUCAUCUUUUAAACUUAAAAAUCAUUUAAUCUAUACAGGACAUAUAAAAUUGGUUGCUUGUUUUAUUAGACACUGACUACUUCUCAAAGAUACAUCUAAAACUAUUCAGGGACAUUUUUCCAUUUCUGAAAAAAUAAAUUAUGCUUUAUAACUUCUUUUGUAUUUCUCUGUAUUUUCUGAUUUAUUUCAUUGUCUUUGAUAAAUAAAACAUGCAGUUUUGUUUUGCUAA